AUGGUGGCCGGCGCUAUUAUUACGCAGAGUAUACAUUUCACCAAGUACGUCAAGGACUCACCAAAAACUAUUAUCGGUGUACGCAUUACCAAAAACCGGAGAAAUGUCCCUAAAGAACCGGCAAAGGCUGCUAUGAUGAAAGAUAUCCGUACCGAGGCUCGUGAAACAGAAGCUGAACCUAUGGAGAUCUUGCGCAGUGUAUCUCGAGAAUAUCCUAAAGACAUAGCAUCUGAAUUCUCCGGACCAGCUAUCAACAGUUACGUAUAUCGCGUACGAAUGGCGAUGGGACACCCAAAAGUACCUAAAUCUUUGGAAGAAUUGGGGAAUUUUCUUGAUGAGAAUGCAGUUAUGAAGACCAUGGUCGGAGAUAAUUAUGUCGGAGCUGUGCAGCCCACGGAUAACGGAACAGGCUAUGCAUUACUUUUUGCUAAUCCAGACAUGUUGACGGAGUUAAACUUAGCGACCAUUAUCGAAGUUGAUGGAACAAUGAAGGCUGUUCCAACAAAACCCGAAGCAACACAAAUGUGGAUUGUAAGCUUCAGGAAACAUAAUCAGUCUUUUGCUGCAGUCCAUGCCUACUGCCGAGGUGCAAGGGGAGAACUUUAUGAAGCAAUCUUUAAACGUCUCAUUUCAUUAGCCCCUGGCCUGCUCAAUGUUGAACUGAUCAUCUCUGAUUUUGAGGGCGCAGUGCACAAAGCAUGCCGCAAAGUUUUCCCACGGGCAAGACUGCAAGGAUGUUGGUUUCAUUUCAUCAAGGCAACAUCUGAAUACUGGAAAGUCAAGUGCCAAUUGAACCAGCUUGGAGCUCCCCGACAAGCAAAGUACUUGACACGUUCGCUGGCCUUACUUCCCCCUCAACAGAUUGCGUUGGGUGUGGAUGCUAUUGAAGAAAUCGUCAACUCAUUCACAGAUGAUUUCCCCGAGUUGAAAAGGUACAUCAAGUACUUGAGGACACAAUGGCAACCGAAGGCUGAAUUGUUAUCAGUGUACGAUUCUGGCAUUCGUACGAACAACGAUUCUGAGGCUUAUAAUCGCCAUUACACCCCUCGAGUCGGUGGUUCCAAAGUCAAGGUGUUCCCUCUUAUUCGCAAUCUGCAAUUGAUCAUUGAUGAUGAAUCGACCAAAAUGAGCAGACUAAACAAGGGUAAACCCAUCUCUAAAACCAAGAAAACAGCAGAGUAUUACAAUAAAGAUAUGCUCAUUAUGGAGGCCCAGAGCACUUUACAGUCUAGAACACAACACCUGGAAACUUCUGAAAGAGAUCUCAUCAGACAGGAGGUAUAUUGUUUCCUGAAGAAAUGCCUUACUCCGAAGAUUCAGGACAGGAUUAAUGAGGAGGAAACUAAACAGUUUACACGAAAUGAUGGAAAUCAAACUAACCAAAAUAGAGAUAAUUCGGGAGAAUUCCUGUCCUUAGAUCCGAACGAUGAUGCGGAAUAUGGAGUUAAGCCGAAACGUAAACGUCUACCAAGAUUGAGAGAGCAUUCAUUUGAUCUGCCAAAACAACCAUCUGUAUCCACAAUGACAGCCCAAGAAUGUGAAGACUCUGCAACAGCAAUCACUGCCGGAGGAGCGAGUCUAAAUAGUGGAACAAUUUUCGAAAAAGAUGAUGAACACAUCGAUCAUGAUUGGGUUGUUUUGACCUAUCUUUUCGAGGAAGGACACGGGCAACAUUGCCCUUACACAUUGUAAUUCUA